AUGUCCAGAGGCUUCUUUACUGAGAACAUUACGCAAUUGCCACCAGACCCUUUGUUUGGUCUUAAGGCCAGGUUCAGCAAUGACUCACGUGAAAACAAGGUCGAUUUAGGUAUUGGGGCAUAUAGGGACGACAACGGUAAGCCAUGGAUCUUACCAUCUGUCAGGUUGGCCGAAAACUUGAUUCAGAACUCCCCAGACUACAACCAUGAGUACCUACCAAUCGGUGGACUUGCUGAUUUCACUUCUGCUGCGGCAAGAGUUGUAUUUGGAGGCGAUUCUAAAGCCAUUUCGCAAAACCGUCUUGUCUCCAUCCAGAGUUUGUCAGGUACAGGUGCCUUACAUGUUGCUGGUCUAUUUAUCAAGCGCCAAUACAAGUCUCUUGAUGGCACUUCCGAAGACCCUCUAAUAUAUCUAUCGGAACCUACAUGGGCCAACCACGUUCAAAUCUUUGAAGUUAUUGGUCUCAAGCCUGUAUUCUAUCCAUAUUGGCAUGCCGCAAGCAAGACCUUGGAUCUGAAGGGCUACUUAAAGGCAAUCAACGAUGCUCCAGAAGGGUCGGUUUUUGUAUUGCAUGCAACGGCUCAUAACCCUACUGGUUUGGAUCCAACACAAGAACAAUGGAUGGAGAUUUUGGCCGCUAUAAGUGCCAAAAAGCAUCUGCCAUUAUUUGAUUGUGCAUAUCAGGGUUUCACCUCCGGGUCUCUAGAUAGAGAUGCUUGGGCUGUUCGGGAAGCUGUCAACAAUGACAAGUACGAAUUCCCGGGAAUUAUUGUCUGUCAAUCGUUUGCGAAAAAUGUUGGCAUGUAUGGUGAACGGAUUGGUGCAGUUCAUAUUGUUCUACCUGAAUCAGACGCUUCCCUAAACAGCGCCAUCUUCUCCCAAUUGCAAAAGACAAUCAGAUCGGAGAUUUCCAAUCCACCAGGAUACGGUGCAAAGAUUGUGUCUAAAGUUUUGAACACUCCGGAACUUUACAAACAGUGGGAGCAAGAUUUGAUCACCAUGUCUUCGAGAAUCACUGCAAUGAGAAAGGAGCUAGUAAAUGAGCUCGAGCGUCUUGGAACCCCUGGCACUUGGAGACACAUCACCGAGCAACAGGGUAUGUUUUCCUUUACUGGUUUGAACCCGGAGCAGGUUGCCAAGCUAGAGAAGGAGCAUGGUGUUUAUCUUGUUCGUAGUGGACGUGCAAGUAUUGCAGGCCUCAACAUGGGGAACGUCAAGUAUGUUGCCAAGGCCAUUGACUCUGUCGUGAGAGACCUUUAG